GCACACUGAAUACAAAAAAUGCAAGAUGCAGGCCCAUAUUCGAAUUGGAAAACCUCUUUGAUCGCGUAUUAGAAACUAAUUAGAAGCCGCACGUGGCUUAAAAAAUCCGAAAGGCAGUGCGCUUGGAUUGUACAAGAAUUCGGCCAGCAGAAGCAGGCGUAGACGCGUAGACCAGCGCCAUGAGGAAGCGCAGCUCGCGCUGCAACUCGGACACUUAUAAGGAGGAGCAGAUGGACCACAACGGUGACGACAUCAGCCUGCUACAGCGCCCACUACGCACCGCCCAUACGGGAUUCGAGGAGGCGCGCCGGGCUUACGAGGAUGGCACCAACGAGGUGCGUCAGCUGCUCAGCCUGGAGUGCAGCCUGAUCUACGAGUGCAAGGUGUGCCGCAACAUGUUUCGCAGCCUGGCCAAUUUCAUCAGCCACAAGCGUGUCUUUUGCUGCGUCAGCGCUCGUUCUACCAACGGCAGUGGAUACACAGAUCACAACUCCACGAUGAUCAUUCAGAAAGGUGCCGGUCCGUCGCCGCAGGACAUUGAACAUAUGCUGCGCAGCAGGAGCACCGGCUGCUCGCCAGUUCCCCGCGAAGUGCGUCCUAUGCGAGGAGGCGGCGGAAUGCGGGACCUGAGUGGGGUCAUAGAGCGUCUGCGACGAGAAAAGGCUCCGUCGCAGGCCAGGAGGAGCUCCACCACCGUUCUCCAGCUGGAGUCUGUGCCCACCUCCAAUCAGGCCGUCUACCAGACCAUCAAGGUGGAUCAGGAGGACAGCAUAAGGACAGAGCUUGACGAGGUGCACCGCAUGCUGAAUCCGCCUGAAACCAUUGUGGGACCCGACGGCAAAGCCGUCACCACCGUCAAGUUAGAGCGCCACGGAGGCAGCGACUCUGGCGAAACCGGCGAGCAGUCCAUCAGCGACGAAACGGAUACGAUCAUCUAUUGCAAGCUCUGCAACCUGACUUUUCAGACGCACAAAACCCUAGAGCUGCACAUUCAGAGAUAUCACUCGUCACGGGCGUUUGUUUUUCAGUGCCCAGCGUGUUCGUUGACCUUUAUGCAAGCCGCUGCAGUUAUUCGUCAUUUGUCCAAGGACCACAAGAAACCAACUCGACGCAUUCGCAUGAUGCGGAACUCUAUCCUCAAGCGCCGCGUCCAGCAAGGAGAUAUUCAGCCCAAGGGUCCCUGCCGUGAGCUAAAGCGCCUGCAGCUUUCCGACGACGUGGUGGGCUAUGUCCCGGAGCCAUUGGAUGCCAGCGGUGAGCAACGUAAGAUCAUGUCUUUGUGUAUCUACUGCGAAAAGUCCUUUGAGCGUCGCGCUGCUCUAUCAACACACCUGCUCAAUUGUCGAGCAAAACAAGAGGCGUUGGCCAAGCCGGCUCCUUCCGUCAAAAAACUUAAGGUUAAGAGCAAUGAUUUCAGUCUUGAUGCGGCUGAUGAGGACCCAAACGCCUCCAUAGAUCUGCCGAAAAAUGAACCGAUUAAAAAAGAGGAGAUUACUCUUAACGAGAUGUUUGCCGAUCUACAGGAGCCAAGCGAUUCAUUUGCCCCUGGCCUGCAUACAGUGUCGUUGGACCAGCUUAAUCUAGGCCAUGAAAGUGACUCUGCUAGCGAUGAGGCCUCUAACACCGACGAAGAGCACGAGCUUGGACUUGGGGUUGGUCCUGAAUCCACUGCAGAUCCGGAAGAUGCCAAGGGCAAGGCCAAGAAGAAGCGUAAUGUCCCAGCGGAGAAGCAGCUUCGUUGCCGCUGCAAGAUCUGCCACAAGCAGUUCAAUGCCCUCGGAAACCUGCGUCGUCACAUAUCCAUGUUCCACUACCGCGCACGCCGUUUCGGCUGCAAUUUGUGCGAAUAUCGCGCCUUUAGGCGCUACGAUAUUGUUAAUCACUUGGGUUUUACCCACAAGAUAGAAGGAGACCGAGACAAGCUGACGGAGCAGUAUGUGUCCACCCACGAGUGCGAAUACUCCCGCGACGAUGUAGACGGGGAUAUAAUUUUGCUGGAUAAGGAGGAGGAGGUGGCAGCGACAGAGAAGGAGUCUAGGCCUCCCAUUAAAACGUACGAAAGGCGCUUGAAGCGUAUCAAAACCAUAACAGAAUCUGCGGGAGAAGUUAAAACCAAAUCACCAACAGCCAUUAUAAAGGAGGAACCCGGCCAGGAGCCGCUGGAAGCCACUCCCACUCCAAGCAAAAAGCGUCGGAAGUCUCGCACUCAAAUCUCACCCGAAUCUGGCGAGUAUUCUCAAGAGAAGCGUCCCAUCCGCAAACGGGUUAAGGCGGUCAACAAAGACUUUGUCUACGAUAUGGUCAGUUUUAAGCCAGAUGGAUCGGGACAGCAAACACCAGCCGCGCUGGCCGUGGAGUCCAUGCGGGCCAAGCUGCGUCGCCAGCCGACGGGAAGCAAUGAUGAAACCAAACCGAAACAGUGGGAGGCCUACAUAACCGAGGCCAAGAAGCCUCUGAUUUUGGGUAUCACUCAACGCAUCAUGUUGGAACUGGUGAGUCAGGGUCUGGCGGUGUCAGCUACUUUGCCGGAAUUGCCCUCAGAGCGACCGCAGAUUCGACCGCGCCUUACUUCGCACACACGCAGCGAGGGCGGUCAGCAGCAACAGAAUGUGGUGGAGACCUCUUUGAAUCCUGCUCCGGAAACCGAAAGUUUCAUCGAAAAGAUUGCGAAGCGUACGGCAGCGGCCGGCAAGGACGCCGCUGUUAUCAGCAACCUGUUGAACAAGGUCAACACUGCGAUUGCCCAGCAGCAGCAGCUGAAGCAGGAACAGGACCAGGACCAGGACCAGGACAAGGACCAGGACCAGGACCAUGAGCAAGAAAGCCAGCCAGAGGAAAAAGCGAAAUCCGAAAUGGAAAAAACAUCAAGCCCCCUGCCCACGCCACCUUCGCCGCCCAGCAAAUGCCACGCCUCCGUGCCCGAAACGGUGGCAACCACUGGUAUGGAAUGCCUGGGCGGCAAGAGCAGUCAAGCGGGAGCACCGACAAUGUUUCCGGCCCUGCCCAAGCCGCCAUCCGUUCUGCAGGCAGCUGCCAAUGGGACCAUCCAGCUCACCCUGGACAGUCUCCUCCGAGCAGCGCUGCAGAACUAAACGGAACCGGAAAUGGAAGCCACCACCACCACGACCAUCGUCGCUACUUUUACAACGUUUGUUGAUUUUCCUUAAAGUUUCGACUGGUCGCGUUUCCAUCACCCCUUUUGAAUGUAAUUCACUAGUGUCCUUAUUGUAAAACCAACUAAAUAAGAAACCAAGAAGAAUCAAACCAAGAAUCCCUAGAUGAUAAAUACGCUUUGAGUAUUACGCGGUAAAAACAACCAAAACGAAUUGAAAAUCGUAGCAUAAUUUUCGGCUAUUAGCAAAUGUUUGUUGUUUGUGUGAAAUGAAAAAGUACAGAUUUUUUAAAAUGUUAUAGUUAAUACUGUAUAUGUACCUAAUUUUAUAGCCCCACAUAAAGUAAGUCACGCAAGUGUAUACGGUUGAUGUACAUACAAAUGUGCAGCAGACUUCCUUGUCUGGACUUAAAUCAUAUUUUAUAUUUUUUUCGAAUCGGGCCAAUCUUCUUUGUGUACUUUUUCAAAUAAGUAUUGGGGUGGACCGAUUUAAACAUAUUAUAAAAUGUUUCAAAACAAUAAUUUGUAUAACUUUAAGAUGUAGGCCUACAAUUAUUUUUAUUAAACUCACACUUAUUCAAAUAUUUCAGUUUGAUCAAUUUUUUUAAGUUUUCGUUUCCGUUUGCAUUUUCAAAAUACCGAAAGGCGCCUCUUACGCAUACCAAAUAUUUAAUCUUUGUCGAGCGAAUCGGGACACCCUAAUAAAUAUUAAGGAGAUGAGGAGGGUUUUGGAUAUUAAGUUUGUUGACGCUUCAUCUUGCCAUCUAUCAUACAAAUCCAUCGCCCCACCAGCCACCUAAUUAGCAUUAUUAUAUUCAGGAACAUCACAGCUGAGGAACCGAGAACACGACGACUUCUGCAUGAUGCUGCAUAAAUUUGUUACUCAAAAUGUUAAUUGCAAACUAAGCGAAAGUCAGGCGAAAGUUGUACAAGGCAGUCUGUUGUACAUACACAACCCAGAUACAUGUUUAUAUAUAUUUUAUACAUACGCAACGUUGACUCGGCAAGUAUUUUGCCAAACGCAACAGACACAAGAAAGAUAGAAUCACUCGCGUACAUUCAAAGAAGUCCUGAUCUAAGCGAGUAAUUCAAUGUAUUUAUAUGUAUAUCAUUGUAAUGUACAAGGUAGAGCCUUAAAUCAAAUCACCAAAUGAUAAUAAAUCCUACGAUAAUCACCAA